AUGUUUCGUCGCUGGUACUCAAUUGCUGUGCAGAAACCCAUUCUGCUACGAGAUUACCAACUAGAUGCGGUGAACAAAGUUCUCGAUGCGUUUAAAAACGGGGUAAAUCGACCAGCCGUUGUUUUGGCUACAGGAGGCGGUAAGACAGUCGUCAUGUCACACCUUAUCCCGAAGAUACAGUCUCCCUCUCAACAGAGAUCAAAGACUUUAGUUUUGGCACAUAAAGAGGAGCUUGUGAGACAGAUAGCACAGACGCUUCGGCGCGUAAAUCCAACUCUCUGUGUAGAUAUAGAUAUGCAACGACAAAAACCGUCGCCCGAGGCCGAUAUCAUUGUCGGAUCCGUGCCCACAUUGGUGAGACUAACCAGGCUUAAUUGGUACGAUCCCGCCCAGUUUAAGGCUAUUGUAUUGGACGAGUGCCACCAUGCGACUGCCUCCUCGUGGACGAAGAUCUUGGGCCAUUUUGGCGCCUUGGAACCGUCGCUGGACACGAAAGUGGUGGGCUUCACAGCUACUUUGGAGAGGGCAGAUGGACAGUCUUUGGGGAAUGUAUUUGAAGAGAUAGUCUAUGAGCGUAACUUGCUAACUAUGAUCGAGCAAAAUGAAUUGUGUGACGCGCGUUUCCUGUCAAUCAAGCUUGCAAUGAACCUCAAUGCUGUGUCGGUAGUCGCGGGCGACUACAAACAGACAGAACUCGAUACUUGUGUCAAUACCGAAGACGUCAAUCUCCAGCUAGCCUUUGCAUAUAAAAGAAUCAGAAAAAAGCUCCAGCUCAAGUCCACGCUCAUUUUCUGUGUGUCUGUGGAGCACUGUAAGACGCUCUGUGGAGUGCUCCAAGCUCAAGGCGUCAAUGCCCAGUAUGUCAGUGGCGAGACCGUGAAACAUGAAAGGCGAGAGAUUUUAGAAGAUUUCAAGUCGGGCAAAAUCGACGUUUUGUGUAAUGUUUUGGUGUUCACUGAGGGCACCGACAUCCCGAACAUUGAUUCUCUUAUCUUGGCGCGGCCCACCAAGUCCAGACCGUUGCUCACCCAAAUGAUUGGCCGUGGUCUCAGACUUCAUCAUGGAAAAGAACAUUGCCAUAUCAUUGACAUGGCAGAUGCUACCAGUCUUGGGAUCCUGUCUGUGCCUAUUCUAUUCGGACUACCAGCUACGCACAACGUGAACAAGAAAACUUUCAAGGACUUGGAAGAAGAGAAAAAAGAGUAUGAUCAGGAAGCUGAGCUUGAGGCUGCAAUCGAGCGUGAGAAGGCUAUCCAAAAUAUUCUACAGAGAUCUAAUCGUGAAGCUAACUGGCAGAUCAAGUUAGAAAAAAGAGGAGGGUUCGCAGACUUCCUCAAACUUCAGGAGACUCCAACUAAUGCUCUGAAGAUCUUGAGCAAGCUCUUUUAUGAGGACUACAACAACAACUGGGUCAGAUUGGAACGGGAUGUUUGGGGCGCCCAAGCAAGCACCGUUAGGAGAAUCUGGGUCGUGGAAAACACGGACGAAAACGAAUCUGAUACAUGCUCAUUGUAUUUGGUCGAGAAUGCCAGCAGGCAACAGCUUCUUGCGAGCAACUUUAAAUGCCAGCGUCAAACAAAACUGCUUAUCAAUACCGGCAAAUUGCCCUACUUACUAGGUAUUGUGUCGCAAAGCAAUGGGCGCUCGCAAAAGUUCAAAAGAUUGAGUUCACCGGCCACAAUCAAGCAGCAAGACCUCCUCUUUAAAAAAUACAAGGGAAAAGUCAAGGGUGUCUUUGGGGCCGGCGCGGUAUCCCACUUCGAAAAGCUGUUAGAGACCUUGACUCAACGGCAGGUAGACGAGUUGAUCGUGGCAUCUGACUACUCCAUGGAUUGCUGGUUCGUUUACAAAACCCUUAAGAAAUUGAUCGAUGCCGAAAAAAAUAAAAUCAAGGAAGGAGAGAAAGAGGCGGGAACGCAAGAGUUCAAUGAGAGAGCAUUAAGCGAGAAAUCGGAACUUGGAGAAACCCAAAUCCGUUGGGAUUAG